CACACACACUCACGGGCUCACGCACGCUCACACUCGCACAGGCACACGCACGCGCGCGCGCACGCAGCAGCAGUAUUCCGCGCUGUCCCGGUGGAGAGGAGCAUCACUGGGCAGCGACACCGUUUUCACCCGCAGCUACACCGAGAUCUUGCGGGGCUGAGAGAGAGAGAGAGAGAGAGAGAGAGAGAGAGAGAGAGAGAGAGAGAGAUUCAUCACCGCGCAGACCUUCAUCACCGUCAUCUUUAUUAUCAGCAUCCUCCUCACUCUCCUUCUCUUCGGCAUCAAGAGCAACAGCAGAAGCGUCUCCUUCUCCAUCUCCUUCUUCUCCUUCUCCUCGUCCUUCUCCUGGCGCCUCGAUGUAAAAACUGCAGCUUAGAUUUUGGGGAGAUUUUCCGUCACUGCAGAAGAGAACUCGGUUCAGCUGCGUGCUUGAAGAAUGAUGUGGGUUCGGCUGGGAGCGCUGUGGAUCUGGGCCUGGUUGCUGACCAUCAACGUUUUGGGCAAAAGCUCGAAUCAGAACGGAUCAGACGAGCAGAAGGACAACACCACUGUCUUCACUCGUAUCUUAGACAGUCUGCUGGACGGCUAUGAUAACCGUCUCAGGCCUGGACUCGGAGAGCGUGUGACCGAGGUGAAGACGGACAUUUUCGUGACCAGUAUUGGCCCUGUCUCUGAUCAUGACAUGGAAUACACCAUAGACGUGUUCUUCAGACAGAGUUGGAAAGAUGAGCGUUUGAAGUUUAAAGGUCCGAUGGCUGUGCUGCGCCUCAACAACCUGAUGGCCAGUAAGAUCUGGACCCCUGAUACCUUCUUCCACAACGGCAAGAAAUCUGUAGCGCACAACAUGACCAUGCCUAAUAAACUGCUGCGUAUCACAGAGGAAGGAACUCUGCUCUACACCAUGAGGUUGACGGUGAGAGCUGAAUGCCCGAUGCACUUGGAGGAUUUCCCCAUGGAUGCUCAUGCCUGUCCACUUAAAUUUGGCAGUUACGCAUACACGCGGGCCGAGGUGGUGUACGUGUGGACGAGAGGAGCUGCUCAGUCAGUGGUAGUUGCUGAAGACGGAUCUCGACUGAAUCAGUAUGAUCUGAUGGGACAGACGGUGGACUCAGGAGUCGUCCUGUCCAGCACCGGCGAGUAUGUUGUCAUGACAACGCACUUCCACCUGAAAAGGAAGAUUGGCUACUUUGUCAUUCAGACGUAUCUGCCGUGCAUCAUGACUGUCAUCCUGUCACAGGUCUCAUUCUGGCUCAACAGAGAGUCUGUUCCUGCAAGAACAGUGUUUGGAGUGACCACUGUCCUGACCAUGACCACUCUGAGCAUCAGCGCUAGAAACUCUUUGCCCAAAGUGGCCUACGCCACCGCCAUGGACUGGUUCAUCGCCGUCUGCUACGCCUUCGUCUUCUCUGCCCUCAUCGAAUUCGCUACCGUCAACUACUUCACCAAGAGGGGCUACGCCUGGGACGGCAAGAGCGUCGUACCUGAAAAGCAAAAGAAGAAAAAGGAGUCUCUUCUGAAGAAGAACAACACCUACACCGCUGCCACGGCAACCGCUUUCGCCCCCAACAUCGCCAGAGAUCCAGGAUUAGCGACCAUUGCCAAAAGCGCACCUCCUCCACCGACCGAGCCAAAAGAAGAGCCGAAACCCAAACCGGCCGAGGCGAAGAAAACAUUUAACAGUGUGAGCAAAAUUGACCGGAUCGCCAGAAUAGCGUUUCCCCUGCUCUUUGGUACCUUUAACCUGGUCUACUGGGCAACUUAUCUAAACAAAAAACCCAAAAUUCAAGAUGCUCUACCACCCCACUAAUCUAAAGCUUCCCUUUCCCUUCUUACUUUCUCGUCUCUUUUCUUUAAAUGUCUCCUUCAGAGUAGAACAAAAUAGUGGUUGAGUCUCUAGUCUCCGCUUCACCUCCUCUGUAAUAUAAGCUUCCCAGAAUAUAAAAAAAAAAAAAAGACAAAGAAGAACGAAAUCCACAAAAUGUGCUAAAUGCGUUGCCAUGACGAUGCUGUGUGUAUACUGUACUUGAGCAGUAUAUAAAUCCGGGACCUUGUUUAUUUCCUCAUCACACCUUCAUGCAUGAGCUGCACUUUUUCGACGUUACCUGCGAGUGUUCUUCCAUUCUCCGUAGUCAAUGUGUUCUAUUGGAAAUAGAUUUUUCGACAUUGCAAGAGCAAUAAAAUAAAUCAUGUCUCAGUGGACCUACACAUGCGCUAAUCAUGCUAUAAACACGGAUCCAGUUCUGACGUCACAGACACCAAGCUUUAUAUUUUAUUACAUUUUACUGUAAAUAUUCUAUAAAACCUUCGAGAUGUCAGUCAUCCCUUUGAGCUUUGCUUAACCUACGAGAUAAAAGCACUUCACAGCAGAGAAGAAGACGAGAGCUGUGGGGUUUAAUAACAGGCACUUUCAGGCUGUUCAUGGCCACUUUUGCUCAAAUAUAUAAAUAAACAAACAAAUAAAUAAAUAAAGUUAUUUAUGGCCAACACCUACAGCAGGUCACAUUUGUUAAAUCUAGAAUGUAAAGAUAAAAGCGUAUGUCCACACUAGCAAGCGACAAAACAUCAGAUGACUCACUGCUCCAUUUAUUAACACAAAGAAGGGCCGUGUCCUAAACGCUAACAAUGGAGAGAAGCAUGAUAGGAUGUACAGAGGGUGCCAAUAUUUACGCAAAAAGGUGAAUCAGAUUAACCUGGUGUAGAUAUCGACUCACUGAAGGGGAAAGGAUGUGAAGCGAAACGUGAAGGACACACAUUUGUUUCUGGUCGUGUUUACGUCUCAUUUUGCAGCAAUGUUAGCUGGUGAAUCUCAACAGUCUUGGCCAUAUGAGCCAAUAGAAGACAAGUGGGCGGGGCUGUGGUUGCUCUCAUUGAGAAGCAUCAUGCUGAUCUUGUUCAGUUCAUCAUUAACAUUACUGAUAUAAGGUGCAGUGCCGCCCACUAAUCAGUUUAAAACUGUGCAUAGCCCCGCCCACUAAUCAGUUUAAAACGGUGCAUAGCCCCGCCCACUAAUCAGUUUAAAACGGUGCAUAGCCCCGCCCACUAAUCAGUUUAAAACGGUGCAUAGCCCCGCUCGCAAAAUCAGUUUAAAACUGUACAUAGCCCCGCCCAUUAAUCAGUUUAAAUCUGUGCAUAGCCCCGCCCACUAAUCAGUUUAAAACUGUGCAUAGCCCCGCCCACUAAUAAGUUUAAAACUGUGCAUAGCCCCGCCCACUAAUCAGUUUAAUACUGAAAUAAUCAGAGUCGCUUUGAACCCUGACUGUUCACUGAAAUAUAUAUGACACAUUUUUUAUCUUAGGGAAUAGGCCACGCCCACAGCUAACAAAAUGAGCAGUUGUGAGAGUUUUUAUGAUACACACAAACGUUUUAAAGUGGAAGAAUUUACCUUGAAGUGGACUUUGACGAGGUGUUAUAAAAAAAAAAAGAAAAAAUCGUGACACACCCAAAACCAACAAACAAACAGUAUUAAGUCAAAAGCAUUUUAACUCGAAGAAGUGAAACAUUUAUAAGAUAAAGAUUUUAGUUAUAGUGGAUAAAAUUCAUGGCCUGAAUAGGCCACGCCCCUUAGGGACAAAAAUUGCAGUUGUGAAUUUCCUGUGAUUUCUGUGGUUUCUGAUCAGCCUUCAAAGAGAAGUUCAAUAGUGAAAUGACAUUUUUGAGUGGAGAAGUAGAAUAGGCCACGCCCACCGGAAACAAACUUGGUCUCUUGCUAGUGUGAACUCAGCUUCAGGCUGUUGAGCAGAACGAUUUUGUGCGUAAUCAAUGUGGAGAAAAAGCGAUCUGCUUGAUGGGAUUUAUCCUUAAUGUGGAGUUAAUUCUUCUUUGGUUUCCGUGUUUUGUUGUAGAGCUGCAUGCUAGAAGCCCUCGUAUCGUAGAUCAUUCCAAAAAUCUGUUACUUUGCUGCUCAUCGCUUGUUGAAUGAAUGCGGAUAGACGGAAUCCCAAAGCGAUGCCUUUUUGUUGCUCCUGGACUGACAAGGCCUUCGCUAGGUGGCGCUCUAAUCUUAGUGUGUUGUGUGUUUAGUUGAAAACUUGAGAAAACUCAGACAGCACCAGCUACACUGCCUCCUGCCUCGCACGCUGCUCCGGAACCGGCGCACUUCAGUUCCGCCUCAUUCGCUCCUAAGCGCCAGCCGCAUCCCGACAUGAAGCAGUUGCCUAGCUGUUCCCUUAUUUAUUUAUUUAUUUAUUUAUUUAUUUAUUUAUUUAUUUAGGGACUUUCUUGUAGCAUGAUGUCAGAUAAAAAGCGCUUUGUGGUUCGGUGUUGUGCCAGUUCAAGAAAUCACGUUGAUGUAGCAAUAUGAGAAUAGUAAAGGGCUUUUCACGAUCGAACACUCGUCAUUCUGGACAUUUGCACGUUUCUCUAACGGACAGAAACGUCACCGCACACGGCCAUAUCACAGCCAAUAAACACAAGGUUUCUGGUUUCUGUUUGCAACGUUACAGCACUUGGGAUGCGCUCCUUCCUGUAAACCUUUCCUCUCUCUGUGCAUGGAAUCUGAGCAGGUCACGUGACUGGAGUCAAAAUGCACUCUGGGAUUUGUAGGAUAUGCAAACAGACAGGAACUCCAUCACUCCCACGCUGUAGAGAUACCAGUUCUACACAUGAUAGAGUAUAGAAACAUUUCUGUUGUGGAUGUUUAUCAGUUAUCAUACCUACAUGACAGAGGGGUGUGGCCUGGAUGGGUAAAGAAAUAUAAAUAUAAAUAUAUAAAUAUAUACAUUCUACAGUAUAUUAUUCUAUACUAUAACACACUGCAUAUAUAAAUACUCCAUGACUUGUUCUACAGAGAAUAAAUAUUGUUUGUACUGACUUAUUGUUAUGCAUUUUGCACAUUAGAGGCAUCAUUUACAUAUUUACAUAUUCACGUAGUGAGCUUUGUGCUAUGCAAGAAUAGCUCUGAAACAUGCUAAUUAGCUUUUUUCCUCUUAAUAGAGCAAAAAUAUUGUACAGGAAAUAAAGAACUCUAUUACGCUCCUUCAGCUGUGGAUAUUUUAAUUUGCCAGUCAAUUAAAAAUGUUAUAAAUAUAUAUAAAUAUAUAUAAAUAGUACGUUAUGUUUCUUAUUUUUGGUGUGUACAGUUUCAGUGUCAAUGUGGAAUUUGUACCGUUCAUAUUUUGUUCUGUUACUUCUUUGAAUUUUAUUCCUUUAUUUUUCUGUAAUGGCAAUAAAAUUAAAAGCGAAGGCUCAAACAGUAAGAAUGAGAAAUUUGGGUUUAAAAACAGAAUAUUAAUUAGUAAUAAACUCGUUCUUGUGGUUUUCCGCUUCUCUUUAUUGCAUGUCCUUGUUGACUUCCCCAAACUGCAGGAAACUGUCGAGUUUACUUAGAAAUGAAUUAUCACUAAUCAUCAUCAUCAGUCCUUCAUCAGCACACAGGUUGGACUGUCGGAGUUUUUCUGCCACACUGAUUUACGCUCAGUCCUGGAAGUCCAGGCUGAUAAAAUCCUUACGUUAACUCUAGUUUAUAUUUUAGUGUAUGAUGGACUGUAGCUGAGGAAGUGUUCUGUGUUAAAACUUAGACAAAGUUGUGCUAAUGUUAGCAUAAAAUAUAGCUACAUGCUAUGCUAAUGCUGGCAGGCUAAAUAGAUAAACAUCUGAUAAUAAGUAGAAGAAUAACAGGAAGAAAAUAUAUACUGAAAUUAAACAUUUAAAUUGGUUCAGCUUUAAAUAAAAAGAAGCAACUAAAACACCAGAUGAAACGACAUCAUCAUUAUCUCUAAAACAAGAGCAGAGAGAAGCUCGAGUUAAAUUUGUUAAGAUUUCGUGUUGCUGCUCUGAAUAAUCACACGAUCAGGCUGCAGCACUGCAUUAUGGGUAACAUGAGACAAUCAACAGGAAAGAGAAAGAGGAAGUCAACAAGGCUGCAGUGUGACAGGAUUAGACCCUGGAUUAGGUCUCCAUCAUCUCUUUAUCUUUUAAGCACUAAAUAAGUUCCUGUCAUAAAUAAAUAAACCCUGGGAUUCGCUCCUCAGCCCUCGCUGUCCAACACAGAUGUUUUAGCCAAGUCAUUUUUACCUGUUUAUUUGUUUGUUUGUUUGUUUGUUUAUUUGCUGAGUUGAUUUUUGUCUGUUUCCAAGCAGAAAUGUUGAACUUUGUUAGAAGUGUGUGUUUAACUCGUGUGUAACUGAGCAAUUCUCUUAAACAGGGUAGAAACAUUUUAACAUGCUAAUGAACACACACACACACACACUCACACACACACACACACAUAUACACACACACUCACACACAUACACUCACACACAUAUACACACAUACACACACACUCACGCACACACUCACACACAGACACUCACACACACACACACACAAACAAACACAUAUACACACAAACACACACCCACAAACAAACACACAUACACACACACAAACAAACACAUACACACACAAACACACACACACAUUCACACACACACACACACUCACACACAUACACUCACACAUACAUACACACACACACUCACGCACACACUCACACACAGACACUCACACACAGAUACACGCACACACACAGACACUCACACACAAACAAACACAUAAACACACACACACACAACCAAACACAUAUACACACACACACAAAUAAACAUAGUUUUAACUGGUCUGCAUCCUUGAUAUGGUGUGUGUGUGUGUAUGUGUGUUUCUCUGGAUUGCGUGAUAAAGGGAAUGAAGAGAUAAAGAGAUUUACUGGACUGUAACUGUGGGCUUUUAUGUUUCAGCUCUUG